GACUUCGCGUCACGUGACUAAAGAAGAUGGCGGCCCCCGCGAGCGCCGGUGGCUUCCGGGUUCCAGCGGCGGGGGCCAGAGCCGAGUCUCCCGGGAGCGGGGACCGGCCCGAUGCGGGGCAACCGGCGCCCGCCGGCGACCUGCGCAGCGUCCUGGUCACCAGCGUCCUCAGCCUGGAGCCCCUGGACCUGGACCUGUUCAGAGGGCGGCACUCCUGGGUCCCCGCCACGCGGCGGCUCUUCGGCGGGCAGAUCGUGGGCCAGGCCUUGGUGGCGGCCGCCAAGGCGGUGAGCGAGGACGUCCACGCCCACUCCCUGCACUGUUACUUUGUGCGAGCAGGGGAUCCUACGGUGCCGGUUCUAUACCAGGUGGAGCGCACACGCACAGGGAAGAGCUUCUCUGUUCGCUCAGUGAAGGCCAUUCAGCAUGGGAAGCCAAUCCUCAUCUGCCAGGCCUCCUUCCAGCAGACCCAGGAGAGCCCUGUGCAGCACCAGUUCACCAUGCCCACUGUGCCACCCCCGGAGGAGCUGCUGUCUCAAGAAGAGCUAAUUCAGAAAUACCUGCAGGAUCCCAAUUUGGUGGAGAAAUACAGGCUGGGACUCAACAAGAUCCUGGCCCAGGAGGUACCGGUUGAGAUCAAGCCUGUGAGCCCGUCGAAGACUUUCUGCCAGCUGUCUCAGGAGCCCAAGCAGCUGCUCUGGGUUCGGGCACGAGGCUACAUUGGGGAGUGUGAUAUGAAGCUGCACUGCUGCGUGGCUGCCUACAUCUCCGACUAUGCCUUCCUGGGCACAGCUCUGCUCCCGCACCGGCAGCAUCCUGUCAAGUUCAUGGUGUCCCUCGACCACUCCAUGUGGUUCCACGCCCCCUUCCGCGCUGACCACUGGAUGCUGUACGAGUGUGAGAGCCCCUGGGCCGGUGGGUGCCGAGGGCUGGUGCAUGGGCGGCUGUGGCGCAGGGAUGGAGUCCUGGCUGUCACCUGCGCGCAGGAAGGAGUCAUCAGGGUGACGCAGAGCCCAGCUGAGAGCAAACUGUAGCUGGACAAGUCAGCAGCAGCCACAUCCACCCCUGCUCUGGGGGUGCAGGCUGGGCAGCUGGCAGUGCUGGGCCCCCGCACGAAGAUGGGCAUGACCAAGAUCUGGGGCAGGAGUGGAAAGAAGCCUCAAGCCAGCAGGAACUCCGUGCUGCUGGAAGCCUCAGCCCAGCCUGCAACCGCCCAGGGCUGCACCAGAGGGACCACGCAGUCACAGCAGCCCUGGGAAUAUCUGUUUUAUUGACUGUUGAUUAGAGCGGCCUGUCAGACACUGCCCCCCGCCUCCCUCUAAUAAAGCCUCCAUGGCCCACCCAGA